AACUCCACCACCACAGAAACGCCGAGGAUCACAAAGGCGUCCGAUGCACAAUUCAGCAACGCCAAGGAAAUCGAACGCUUUUCUGGACGUGCCGCAGAUCAACCUCCAGCACCUGCAGAUAGACGAUCAGGACGACGAUGACAAUAUCAGACUGAGAACGUUCAGCUCAUCGAAGCAGGGCGUCGUAAACCGGGGCGACUCGUUUCGCAGGCGACGGUCCAGAAGCAACAGCUUGGCACCGGUGAGCCCGGUCCGGGUGGUGGACGAGGUCUUAACACCACCGACCGGUCCAAUCGAUUCCUACUGCGUGUUUAUGAUUGGGGCACCCGGUGUCGGUAAGGGUGCGCUCCUGUCACAGUUCCGUUCGUCGGAGUGCAUUAAUGCGUACGAUACGCGAGAGUCGCCGGGCGAGCAGAACAUAUCCAUCAUACUGAAUGGCGAAGAAUCGGAGCUGAAGUUCGUCACCGACAGCAUGGGAAACAAGGAUGAAAUGCUCAAGGCGGACGCAUUUCUGGUGGUGUACUCCGUGGUAGACAAGGCGACAUUUAGCCGGGCGGACCAGCUGCUCAACAUGCUGCACGAUAUGGACGUGAGCCGGUCCCGGCCGACCAUUCUCGUGGCGAACAAGAUCGAUUUGGCCCGUUCCCGUGCCGUCUCUUCGCAGGAUGGCAAAUGUUUAGCCUGUACGCACAAAAUCAAAUUCAUCGAGGUAUCGGUAGCGAUCAACCAUAACGUGGACGAGUUGCUGGCCGGCAUCCUGUCACAGAUACGUCUCAAACGGGAGCAAUCCGCCGUACAGGGAAUCCGAGAACCGUCGUCUGCGCAUUGGUACAAAAACCGUAGCGUUGUCCGAGCGUCGAUGAAGGCCCGUCAGAUGAUCACGUGGAUAUUCGGCAAGGAGGAUUCCAAGUUUAAGAACUGCGAAAAUCUUCAAGUGCUGUAAGCGUUUGGCGAGAUGUGCUCCGGAGUGUGCCACUCCACCAUUCUAGGUGGACACUGCAAACACAGCAAACAGACAGUUCGGAGCAGGAGCUCCACGCGUAGUGAAGCAGCAAACAAAUUCAACAACCGAAAACAACAACAUCAAACCCGUAAACAUUGAUAUAUCGUUAUACAUCUUGCUAAACAAAAAGUGCCUUCUGGUCAGCGUAUCUGAAACUGCGUAGAUAUGUAUAAUGUAAGGUGAGAUAGAGGCGCUGUAGCACACGGUCGGUUUCUAUCAAUGGCUCAAAGUACAGUUGUGCGAGCGAUCUUGCACGAAGAAAAGCAGUAAAAAUUGCCCUAAAGCCACGUUCGGUAAUCGGGUCACCAAAACGGAAGUAAUGGAAACCCUUCGUGGUGUAAACUUCAUGGUGUGCACCUCGCCAUCCUCGUAGUGAAGCAAAACAAACAAACCAAACAAUAGAAAGGGGAGAGGGAUAAAUCAAAUUAAACCUUGUAAUAAAACUUUAUAUACUAUGUGCCAUUGCCGCAAGUUCAUUAGUAAAUCUCUACUACUACCACCUAAGGAUCGACUUUGUUUUCCAACCAUGUUUUGUGUCCAUGUAAGACGCGUAGCUCUAAAACAUUACACACAUACACACGCUAUAUAGACAUAAACCUUUUCGUAUGUGCGACAACAAAAGCGCAAUGGGAUAAGCUGCCGAGGUGAAACGAUUUGUGCGAAAGCAUGGGCAAGCAAAAGUAAAACAGAACUAAAACAACUUGAAUACAACAAAACAAAUGGGCAAAAAGGGGAUUAAGAAAGUGAAAUAAAAUAACUAAAUGAUGUAAGUUGAUAGAAAAAAAAACGUUAAAUAUGAAUAGAUAAAAAAAGAACAUGAAAACAAAACAACAAAACAUAUGCAAGAAGAGAAGAAGGUGAGAGAAAGAAAGUAAGAAAAAAAAAACGGUGAAAAGGAAGAAAACAACAACUCGAAACAAUAACAUUAGUGAACAAGUGCAGCAAUAGUAGCAAAAAAAUAGAAGAAAAUAAACUUUAAAAGAAAAAAGUAGCAAUGUAAGGCGUCUUAUAUAAACAAAAUAUUCUAACAUACAAAACAAAGCAACACAUAAAAACGGAUACGCGCCGCCAUUUGCGCAACCGUUCGUUUUGCGAAUUGUUGAAAGAGAACAAAACAAAAAACACCACUGUAUCGUAUCACCUACACACACACAUACUUACAUCCAUCUAGUAAUAUAAGCGCAUAGUGGAAUAAUGUUUCAAAUUAACGGCUGUAACGGCCCCCAGGGGUGGCCGAUUGGUGGCUGCUGAUCGACGGUGGGGGUGUGAUAAUAGUAAAGGGGUGACAUACAACAACAACAAAUACUAAACAUGUUAAUAUUAUCGAUAUUUGUAUCGUUCGUUCAGUGUGUGUGCGUGUUUGUUUUUUGUCGGGAAAUGUUGUCCAAAGCAAAAAAAACCAAAAAAGCAUACAUACACUUAAUAAUAAAUAAAAAUGGCAAACGUUGGGUUUCGAAGUUCGAACAUAAGAAGUUGUAUAUGUGACAGGCAAAUAGUGGGCGAAAUUGUUUUGCAUAUCGCAAAAUUGCAAAAUGGAAACAAAAAUCACACAUCAUGAGUUAAAGUUAUAUGAAAACAAAAGAUGGAAGGUCGGGACACACUGUCUACGCUCCAGAAGAUAGUAGGAAAGCGAAGGAAAUAUUGAUAAUAGAAACAUACAGUAGAAGAUUAAUACAAUUUAUACUACUGUUUACACUUGUCCACUUUUCCUUAUCAUCCUUUUGUAGAUAAAAUUUCCAGUUGAAUGAAUGCUACUUAAAUCGUUUUCAUUUUAUUCGGCUACUUAAAGGUCUACCACACCUUCUUUCAUAGCAAACUCGACAAUAACUGACGAUGGGUGUGUGUGUGUGUGCUGUACCGUUUAUAUUCCCCUAUUAGCUUCUCCGUUAAGUCUCUAUAGCGUUUAAAGAAAGGAUAAUUUUAUUUUAAAAAGCUUGUGACGGUUUGGUUUUCCUUUGCUUAUCGAACGAACUGAAAGGUCUGCAUAAUACUUCCUUCCAUUAAAACCAUGUAUUAAAAUGGCACAAAAACCAAUCAUAAUAGGUUAGCAACAACAAAAAAAGCAAGCGCUCCUUAUGGUGCUAUAAUAUAAAAUAAGCAACUUUAUCGGUGCGUGUAAUUCAAUUCUUCAACUCUGUACUGUAAAUGCUUCCACGGUCGAUUCACUACUGAUUACCGUUACUGAUACUGACUGAGAAAACAAAGUGCUCCAUCAGCGCAAAUGGCAGCCAUUUUACUACUACUUUUGUUUUUCAUGCGAUAAAUGUUGCCAAAGUGCACAGCUGUGUACAGUAUCUAUUGCAGUUGUGUAGUAACACACACACACAGAAAGUAGCAUCACAAACUUGUAAAUGCACCCAACACAACCACAAAGCACACAAACAAGUUAUUCAGCAGCCUAUAAUCGAUGAUCGUUCGUGUACCGGUAUCGUGUGUUGUGUGGUGUUUCUACGUCGUGUACAAUAAGCGUAAAACAUGUAAGCAGCACGCACACACACACGGAAGAAGAUGUGAAGUAAAACAUAGCAAUAAAACUUUCGAAAGGAAAGCAAAUUAGUUAAGCUAAUCACCAAUCAAAACCGAGGAAACAUUAUUGCGGAGAAAAACGCACCAACACAGAAAGUUAAGGGAAAAAAGUAACUAAACAAAUUAUAUCAGCAAGCAAGUGAAACGUGGGGGGAAAAACAUGGAAGCGCAUUCAUUUGUAUAUCAAAAGAAGAAAAGGAAAACAAACAUUUAAACAAAGUUGAUAACUUGUUAACUGUGGGCCCAAAGAUAAUAAUAAUAAUAUUAGCAAAUGUCAAAGCAAAGGGUAAGGGAUCGUCUGUCUGCCGGUGUAACCGUAUACACAGUGCAAGGAACAGGAACAUUCAGUAGCUUUCCGUUUUCUUCCUUCAGACAUGAACAACCAGUAAUGAAACCCGUUUCCUGAACCAAGCAAACAAAAAAAGGAAGGAAACGUAUGUAAAAGUUUAUAUAAAACACAACCUUAAACUUUAAACAAAACUAACACAUCCAUCCAAACGAACACCCGCAAACUAUCGAGCCUCAACAAAAGCGUGCACCGCUUAUAUCUAUAUCUUUAGUUUACUUUUAUAAACAUUUAGCCCUUUAAGCUCUUUACUACUCUUUUACUGUAAAUGUACUCUCGAUCCAAUAUAGAGGAGCAAGUGUGCAAAUGGAACGCAAAGCGAGAAACGAUAAAUCGGUAUUGUCGUUACAAGAAAAAACAAACAAACAAACAACCACACACAUUUACAUAAUACAGGCGGAACGCAGAAAUGUUGGUAACAUUUAAAUAGCUACAGCAUCUUGUACAUGCUAAAUUCUACCGUUUUUUUUGUUUUGUUUUUUACUAUAUUUUUCAUGAAAUAAAAAC